UUUUUCUCAGCGUCGUACAGAAAUUGUGACGUAAUUUCCCCCGCUAGCAAAACAAGUAUCGCUAAUUUGUUAGCCAUCGAAAAUGAGUUUGUUUUUGCCUAAAUUAACUUGUAAAAAAGACAUAGAUGAAGUUAUCAAAUGCGUGGCAGAAAAGGUCGUAGUUUUGAGGUUUGGGAGAGACGAGGACUCGGUCUGUCUCCAGCUGGAUGAGAUUCUGUCAAAAACGGCCCAUGACCUGAGCAACAUGGCGUCCAUCUACAUCGUUGAUGUGGAUAAAGCUCCCAUCUACACAAGAUACUUUGACAUCAGCUACAUCCCCUCCACCGUUUUCUUUUUCAAUGGGCAGCACAUGAAAGUGGAUUAUGGCUCCCCAGAUCACACCAAGUUUGUUGGCAGCUUCAAGACCAAGCAAGAUUUCAUGGAUCUGAUUGAAGUCAUAUACAGAGGAGCCAUGCGAGGGAAGAUGAUUGUCCAGAGUCCCAUCGAUCCUCAGAAUAUUCCCAAAUAUGAUCUCCUCUACCAUGGAAUUUAAGAGAAAGCAUUCUGGUUGAUUAAAGGACAAACACAUUUGUUAUACUUACAAACAAUAAGCAGCCAGUGUCUCAGAUUUUCAACAGAUGUUAUCAAAUGUCCCGUAGAAGGCAAACUGAAAACAGGGCAGUUCCCUCUGAAGUCACAAUGGAGCAAUGUUUUAUGUGUGUCCCUGUAGCCUUUGUGUAAUCAAAUACACAUACUGUGAUGGGUUCUGUUAAAGUGCCAGUUGUCACUGUUAUUAACAGCAGGUUAACAGAGGUUCAGCAGCUAUUCUGAUCGGGUUCAUUUUUCUUGUGAAAAUGCUGUGUCGUCUUGAUGUUUCCCAUGGAAAUGAGCUGCACAUCAGCAGAGACAUACAAUUAAUUUAUGCAGUGUACAUGCUGUGUUAUUAUAAUAAACUUUUAUAUUUUAUCUCACUGUAA